GAGCGAAGACUGUGGAUGGGAAAUGGAAAUCUGAUCCUCUUAUCUUGACCACACAACAUCAUUCACAGAUAACCAAAAAAAAUAUACAAAGCCCAAGUGAAGAAGCUAAAAGAAAAACACAGCACACCAAGUGAUAACCAAUGGCGGGAAUCUCCAGUGCUGCUAUAUUGGCCUCUCGGCCAUGCUCUUCGUGCUCAUCCAAGACCAAAUCUUUCUUCUCUGUACACUCAUCUCAUGGGCGGAAAUUCUAUGGAGGGAUUGGAGAUCCUCUCAAGAAUGAACGGUUUCAAUUCCGCCUCUCAAUUUCUAAUGUUGCCACUGACACUAGUCCCGCCGCCCAGGACCAGGUCCAAAAGCUCCCUUCCUCCAAGGAAUCCCAAAGGCCCGUUUACCCGUUUGCAGCCAUAGUCGGUCAAGACGAAAUGAAACUCUGCCUCCUCCUAAACGUAAUCGACCCUAAAAUCGGUGGCGUCAUGAUAAUGGGCGACCGUGGCACGGGCAAAUCCACCACCGUCCGCUCACUAGUCGAUCUCCUCCCCAAUAUCCAAGUAGUCGCGGGCGACCCGUUUAACUCCGACCCGGAAGACGCCGAGGUCCAAGGCCCGGAAGUUCGCGAACGGGUCUCCAAAGGCGAACAACUCCCGAUAAUCCUCACCAAGAUCAACAUGGUCGAUUUACCGUUAGGCGCCACCGAAGAUCGAGUAUGUGGCACGAUCGACAUCGAAAAAGCUUUAACCGAAGGCGUAAAAGCUUUCGAGCCGGGACUUCUCGCUAAAGCCAAUCGAGGCAUUCUUUACGUUGACGAGGUCAACCUUUUGGACGAUCAUCUUGUGGACGUGCUUUUGGACUCAGCUGCUUCGGGUUGGAACACGGUUGAAAGAGAGGGAAUCUCGAUUUCUCAUCCGGCCCGUUUUAUUCUAAUUGGGUCGGGAAAUCCGGAAGAAGGCGAGUUACGACCCCAGCUGCUCGACCGGUUCGGGAUGCACGCACAGGUGGGGACUGUCAAAGAUGCCGAGCUCCGGGUCAAGAUUGUUGAGGAGAGGGCCCGGUUUGACCGGAGCCCGAAGGAGUUUCGUGAGUCCUACUCGGCCGAGCAGGAGAAGCUCCAGCAACAGAUAUCGGCUGCUAGGGGAUCACUCUCGACUGUCACGAUUGAUCAUGAACUUAGGGUUAAGAUAUCGAGGGUUUGUGCUGAGCUGAAUGUUGAUGGGUUGAGGGGCGAUAUCGUAACUAACCGGGCGGCGAGGGCUUUGGCGGCGCUCAAGGGGAGGGAUAAAGUGGCGGCUGAGGAUAUUGCGACUGUUAUUCCGAAUUGUUUGAGGCAUCGGCUCAGGAAGGAUCCUUUGGAGUCGAUUGACUCGGGUUUGCUCGUGAUUGAGAAGUUUUACGAGGUUUUUAGCUGAGCUGAGUGAGGUACUUUAUGAUUUUUUUUUCAGCAUUUUUUUGUAUUUAGGUGUUCAAUUCGAAAGCUGCGAAGGAAACGGACAGCUGAAUCUAUUUUUUUUUUUUUUUGU